UCACGUAUGCGUCCUACCCUGGCACACGCUGACAUUCUCUGUGGACACAUACAUACACAUUAUCCCAAACCCACAUCCAUCCAUUCAUUCAUUCAUUCAUUACUAACACAAGCAUGGAAGCUGUGGCGAGAGUGUCGCUGCUGUUCCUAGCAGCGACUGUUUGUGUGUCAAACGCUCAGACCAACAACGGCAGCAACGACAACAAACAGCAGCAGCAGCAACAAAGAAGCAUCUGGGAUGAGCCCAUAAGAUUCAACACCAAGGCCAAGGACUCGUGUACUAUGGUGGUGUCAGGAGCUGGGGACUAUACUCGCCUGCGUGUCUCCUGCAAAGGUCCUAGCCAGGGCCAGACUGUGGGACGCUCCUACUACUGCGACUUCCAGGGAAAACCCAACCUGUGCCGUCCUUACAACGGCAACCCUCGCCACUACUUCACCCAGAUGAUGUGGGACUUGAGGAAGCUCAGUCAUGCCUGCCAGGGAGCCAAAAUCUACCGCCCACAGAUGUGCAAGAAGCACCCUGACGAGGCCCAGAUGACCUUUGUGACCUCCUGGCCCAGGUCCUCAAACCCCAAGCCCUCAAAGCCCGUGCAGGAGCCACGAAAACCUGUCGUGCCAGUCCAGAUCAAGCCUGUCGCUACUCCUAAACCUGUCAAACCACAGACAUUUCAGCCCGUCAAACCUCAGCCAGGCAAGGCCCCCCAGAUCAAGAAAACUACCCCCAAGCCUGGGAAGACCACUACUCGUACCACAGAGCAGCCAGAGUCCCCAUCCUCCCGUGUGGCUUCUGAGUACUGCUGGAAGAGCUUCCACGGCGUCUGCUCCUACGUUAUUAGCUGGUUCCAAAACUGAGGCGAUACUGCAGGCAAAGGUUUAGAAACGCCAGCGACAGAUCCAGUCAGGACUCUUCUCGUCUACAUUUGACCACUCCAGGAUCUGAAUGGGAGCCUCUGGAGUCUUUUCAUCGCCUUGUGAGGUUUCAACUCCCCGCACUGCAACAUCUAAAUGGCUGAGCCAAAAUCACUCACUCCACACCUGUGUGUUGUUUACAGAUGUCAUGUAAUGUACGUUCCAUUUUUGUAUAUCUGUAGAACACUCUCGGCAAGACCAAGGGGAGAUACAGCAGGCAUGUGAUUCUGUUUGUAUAUGAUGUAUAUGAUGAAUCACUGCAGUAAACGUAAAAGACGUAAAGUCAAUAAAGUCUGAGUGGUGAUUUCUUC